CGACGACAACAUCGUCGUGGCUGGCCCUUAUCGGCCUUAUCAGCUCGCAGCGUCAUGGCCUUCCAACAGCCACAGCAGCGACCACGUCCUGCGCGACCACUCUCAAUUGAUCCAACGCCCAAACACAUCGCCGCCCCGAUAUCGCCUGCAACACGACCAACUGCCGAAGAAUCACACGAAUGGAUCCUCUUCACACCACAGUCCGACCAACAAAGCGCGUCGCAAACCUCAAGAACUCCUCGCACUGCAACCCGCCGCACUCUUUCCGACAUCGCCUCCCUCGAGACACAUGUAAGAUCGCAUGAUAACCCGGACGACAGCGGCACUUGUCUGGGCACCGAGAUUGAGGACGAGAACGCUGAGCUCGACAGCUUGGACGAUGGCCUUCAUGCCUUUCAUCACCCGUUUCAGCCCUCUCCUGCCAACCUGGAUCAGAGUGGCGGAACCGUCUUACCGACGCACGAUGGCUUUGGCACCUUCCCAUCAGGUACAUCAUUACAAGAACACUUGUGGCAGUUUGAGCGACACAACCCACAUCGAAGGACCACCAGACAUGCGAGACGACGAAGUAGUGUACAGCGAAGACUAGAUGAGCUGCAGGAGGAGGACGAAAUCAGCCCAGAAGACGAGCGCGUCGAACGAAUAGAGAAGUGGCGACUAGACCAGAGUAGAGCAGUUUUGGAUGAGAUCGAACGCGAAACACAACGACAGCGGAGACGAAUGAGCAGAAUGAGCAAUGCCACCAGCGCCAUGGACGUGCGACGAAGCCUACACGAGCAAGCACUAUCGCGAACCUUGACGCGCAGCGACUCUGUGAUCCUUGAAGAAUCAGAAGCUGCACACGUUGAACAACCAAGCGAGUCGUGGUGGAGACGGAUCACGAGAAAGGUGAUUCAGGACUUGAUAGGAUUGGACGACGCCACGCUAUCUGUCAUCUUCGGAGAGCAACUGGUCGACCCCUCACCAACACCGACCGAGAAAUCACCCAUGGCUGCUGCUGCUGCGCUGCACGAUUCGCGUGUGGCAUUCCACGACUCCGAGCCGGCGUGGGAAAUCAAGCUUCUUGACCGCAUAGCACGCGAACUCGGGAUUCUCGUUCACCAGCUUUCAGAAUAUGAUGGAUCUGCAUUCAACACAUACAAGAAUGCUCAAGAGCAACAGCUUGAGUACGCGGGGCUACCACGAAGCAUCCCACGCCAACCAUCUCUACGUCAGCGAAGACGAGAAGAAAAGGCAGGCCUACGAGGCGGUCCCAUCGAAGAAGCUUUCUCUCCUACUGUACCACUUUCGCCACUGACGGCGGCAACCGAUCCAGCCGAUACAUCGCUAUGGGGCAUUGAAGAGGAGCCCGACAAUCUGACGGACGACGAAGACCAUGACAGGCUUCGCAAAGAGCGAGAAUAUUGGGAGCGCGAUGUGGACGUGAAGAUGAUCUUCAAGUACCUGAAGAAUCGAUUCUCCCGUGGCACACAGACCGACAACAAUCCGACUGCUGAGGAAUCAAUCGGGCCACUUCCCGCAUCAUGGGCGACCGUCGGCGCCUCACAGUCUGCGAUGGGCACGUCGCCAGAAAGCCAGCGUCGACAAGAGAUCAUUCGGCAACAGCAUCCUCUUGUGUCCAAAGCCGCGGAAAGAGCUAUGGAGCGUGCACGGGCCAGCGCUGCAACUGCCAGAAGACGAGAAAGCCUGUUGAAGCGUCAAGUGCUUCAACGCAAGCGCGCUGGCAGUCAAAGCUGUGCGAGUGAAAGCACGAAACGCAGUCGCCACACUAGAAGUGCAUCGUCGCGCCAUUACUGGGACAUCGGUAACAACAGCGUCGGAAGCGGUAGCGGACCUGCCAUAUCUGCUGCACUCGGCGGCUGGGGCGAGGUCUAACCGCGUCUUCCGACAUCGACCAAGACCAUCAUAUCGCACGGCUUAUCGCACGCGUCGUCCGGAACCCUGCUGGUCGGAACGGCCUCAAUAUCAUGUACACAGACGAGAGAGCAAUGCAUCACGAUGCAAUCGGAACUUCACGAAGCCACCUCCUACUUUUCAACAGGAAGGCGCCCAGCAACAAAGCGCCUGAGGACCACCUCAUUGCAAAGAGCUACCUAUCGGAUCUAGAGUGAGAGACGAAUACAGACUCUCGGCUUAUCAAACAUUCAGCGAGCAUGUUUGCACUACUACAUGUACCAGUUUUUUUUCUUUACUCGUCAGCUAGCAUGAUACCACGAACAACAACAACCACGCUGCUUCUUACGCAACUUACGAUACGUCAUCAUCUACUAGGAUAGAUUGACUGGUGCAAAAUACAAGCAAGGCUCUUCAGCCAAUUCCCAAUG